GAGGAUAGUUCAUUUUCAUAUCAUCAUUACAUUGUUGCAUCCAAUUAUUACUCUUUGCUUCCUGAAUUUGUGCCCAGUUGGGUGAGGGAUGUGCCAGGUCAUUGUGGUUUGAGGGCUUAGGGACAAACAGGAAUGUGCUACAUGAGCUAGAGGGUAGGAGCAAACAUGGGCUUUCCAUAGUUUCUACCCUAUGGGAAAGGUGGGUUCCUACCUUCCAGAAGCAGCCUGAGGCGAAGGGCCAUGGAGAGUGGCCUGAGCCAGGUUUUGGGCAAUCAGUGACAAAGUUCCUCAGAACAAGAGGCCUGGCUGCCCGCAUAGGAAAUUGAAGUGGCUUGAAGGGUGAGGACAGACUGUGUUCCAAUUAGAAAAGGCCUUUCGAAGAGGAAGUUGUAAAGAAUAGCAAGAGGGGUCAUCAGAGGCUGCUUCCUUGGAUCCUGUUGGAAAAACAUCUUCCAAAGUGUUUGAGCCUGGAAAUACAAUUAUCAGGGUGGAAAUAGACCAUUGUGUGUGGUUCAAGGAUACUGAGUUUGAAUAGCACCAUAACUGAAAUACAGAGUUCUGAGCAUGUCCUUUAAGCCUGGAUGGGCACGGGCUGGUGCUGUGAUCAUCAGAGGAUUAUACCUCAACAUAAAGAAUGCAGAAGCUUUGAAAUGGGACGGGAAAGGAAAGCAGUGGGGGAAGGGAGGUUGCAGAGGUUGCUGGAGCUUUGUUGCUUUGGUGAAAAUCAGGAGGCAGGCUAGCCUACAUUCUGGAUAUAAAUGUCUUCAGAAUUAGGGCAGCCAUUGCCACCAGUGCUUGCUGAUGGGAAUGGAACUGGAGCCCCUUAUUCAUCGCCUCCCUGGACCCCAGGCCUCUCUACCAGCCUCUCUUUACAAAGAGGGUGAUUCCCCUGCCCCAGGGUAUCCUUGAGAGCACAGGGCCCUCUUCCUCUACAAAACUUAAGAACUGAUAACGUUAAAGCAAAUCAGAUUGGGAAUGGGGUUAGGUCCUUUUACAACUUCAGUGAGUGGUGAUGGAGGGGUGGACAUGCCUCUAUGCCUUUGACCGCAGGACUUCCUGGGUGGGUGUCUUGACGGUCAGCGAUAGGGGAGAAGAGUUUGAUAGCAGUUGGAAGAAGUAGCAAAUUCAGUACAUUUCCUAAGUUCCUGUCUUAGCAGCAUGACUUAGUGGUUCUGUGACCCGAGGCAAAUUAUUGAACCUCCCUGAAGCUUCCCAUUUUCUUAUCUUCAAAAUGAUCAUUAUAACAUCUGUCUUAUGGGAUGGUCACUGAAAUAACGCAUGUGAAGCUCUUAGCACAGGGCCUGGCACACAAUAAGCGCUCAGUCAGUCAUUAUCCCUCUUAGGAUAUUUAAGUCUUUCAGCCUGUUGUGAUCAGCGCAGGAAGAGGGCUAGGAUGUCCUGGUGGAACCAUGAAGGCCUCUGAGGACCUCAAUCCUGGGUUUGGAACCAAGAAAGGUGAACAAGCCAUUGGAGGAAGGCAGGUCAAAGGCGCAUGCCCAGCGACAGCAGGUGCAGGGGGGCGCGCCGCUGCCGCCGCUGCGGCCUCCCCUUUAAGAGCCGCCGCCGCCCACGGCCCGCCGCUGCGGCAGGGACCUCCCCUUUAACGGCGGCGGCUCGGCGCUCCGCGGCCCCCGCGGCGGCUGCUGCUGCGGGUGCUGCUGCUACUGCGGCUCCUGCUGCUGCCGCCGCUCGGCCUCCAGCCGCUACAUCCUCGGCCAGGGCCGGCUUCCCGCCCCGCGCCCCGCGCCCCGCCCGGCCCCGCCAUGGUGUCCUGGAUCAUCUCUCGCCUGGUGGUGUGAAAUGGAUGAUGUACUGGAUCGUCUUUGCCUUCUUCACCACUGCCGAGACACUCACAGAUAUCGUGCUCUCCUGGUUCCCCUUCUACUUUGAGCUCAAGAUCGCCUUUGUGAUAUGGCUGCUGUCCCCUUAUACCAAAGGCUCCAGUGUGCUCUACCGCAAGUUCGUGCACCCAACCCUGUCCAACAAAGAGAAGGAGAUCGACGAGUACAUCACACAGGCCCGAGACAAGAGCUAUGAGACCAUGAUGAGGGUGGGCAAGAGGGGCCUGAAUCUGGCCGCCAAUGCCGCAGUCACGGCUGCUGCCAAGGGCCAGGGGGUGCUAUCAGAGAAGCUCCGAAGCUUCAGCAUGCAGGACUUGACCCUGAUCCGGGACGAGGAUGCGCUGCCCCUGCAGGGGCCCGACGGCCGCCUCAGAGCCAGCCCCAGCAGCCUCCUGGACACCAUUGAAGACCUGGGAGAUGACCCCACCCUGAGCGUAAGGUCAGGCACCAACCAGGCAGAUCCCCGGACAGAGAUCUCUGAGGAUGACAUGGGAGACAAGGCCCCUAAGAGGGUCAAACCCAUCAAAAAAGUGCCCAAAGCUGAGCCACCGGCUUCCAAGACGCUGAAGACCCGGCCCAAGAAGAAGACCUCCGCAGGGGGUGACUCAGCUUGAGGCCCCAGCCCCCUCCCCGCAGGCUGCAGAAUCCCAGCUCCACACUGUGCCAGCAGCCCUCAGCCUCAGGCCCCGGGGCCUCUCAGAUGGCUGUUUCCGGUGCCUCCCAGUGGCCAUUCCCCUGGAAGGGCUUGGGAAAGAGAAGGGAGGCCGUGCUGUGGGGGGCCGAGGGUAGAGGCUGGACCCAGGAGCUGAGGAUGGAGCCACUCGAGGAGGUGCGGGCCCCCCAGAGCCCAAAUGCUACUCUCCCCACUCCAGCCCUGACCCCGCCCACCCAGUGCCUUGCUGAAGACCAUGGCCAUCCUCUUGUCCUAACACACGACCCCACUGCUCUCCCCAAGUCAGGGUGGGCGGCCAGUCACAGCCCAGAUUGACUGGAGCCUGAAGGCCCAGCAGAGAAAGAGAAAGUGGGGAGGCCUCAGAGAACCUGGGCUCUGGGCCUGCAGGUGUGAAUGGAGGACAGGGGCUCAGUGGUGGUUAAGUGACCAGGAACCAGGCCAGAGCUGCAGUUGGGGGUGUUGGGUAGGGCUGUGAGCUACCUGUGCCCGCUGAAAAGAGGUGGGGCUCCAGGUGUGUGCGUGUGUGUGAAAGAGAAAAUGUGUGUGUGUGUGUGUAUGUAUUUUUCUGGGUCUAGAGCUGGGGGCUUUUGAGUAAAGGACUUUCCCUCCAGCAGUAACCUUCCCCCACCCAACCCAGCUGCCCUUUCCCCCCUUGGCCCUCCUGCCUACUCUCUGAGCCUCAGAGGACCCCAGCCCAUGAGAGAGUAGGGCUCCAAGGGGCCUCUCACGCGCUCCUCUACCCUUGAUCCCCUCCUCUUUGGCCUCCUCCCAUUCCUGCCCCAGGAUGGGGCUCCAUCCCCUCUGGGCCCUCAGUAGAGCCCCCUGCUGAGCCGAUUUCUUUUCUCCUCUCCUGGGGGCCCAUCUUCCUUCCCCGUAAGGCCCUCUUCCUGUGCCAAGCAGACUAGGCCCCCUGUAACAGACCCCUGUCAGAGCCCAGCCUUUGCCCUACACUUGGCCCCAGCUUCUGCCGUGGCUUCCUUCCGUCAGGGCUCGGAGGAGUGUGUAAAGAAGAAAAAGGUAUUAGGAGCCAGGGGGCUCCAGAUCCGUGGGAAGAGGGUGCCCAAUGGACCUUUGGCACUGGAUGAGCCAAUAAACCAAAUUCUGGCACCUCA